UUCAGUUAACAUUCCGUUGCCCCGUUUACUUAAUCAAGGCACCCCAUUUCGAUAAAACUUCAAAAUCAAAAUCAAAAUCAAAUCAAAAAAAAAAAGAUGUCUGACAUCAACUUGUCUGCCUACAACAUCUUCCGACGUGAUCUUUCCAGAAUAUUCAAGACUUUCAAUUCGUAUACCCAAACCGAGUUUACUGCUGAUAUUGGCACAAGCACCGAACUUGAUUGCAAGUCUGAUUUGGAUUCGAAUCUUUCGCAGAUCUACGACCUGGAACUGGAUUAA